AUGGCGGAGGGAGAUGAUUACACAAUGUCGAGUUUGUCAACAAUGUCGGAAACUGAUUCACGGCCACGAACUGCACGACAGGAUUCGGAAAAUGAAGCUUUUACAUUUCAUAAUAUUGGCGAUUUAAUGGCAGAUAGAAGUGAUAAUGACGAUUCGAUAUCUAUGAACUCACAAGCUUUCGAGCAGAAUAGUCAAACGGAAUCUUACGACCAUAGGAAUUUACCUACUCUGUCCCCUCCCACUGAUAGCAGUGUACUUUAUGCACAUAGCGACAACGGAGAUAAUCAAAGUGAGGGUCUGCUGAGUGCCGUGGAUGCAAAGGCAAUGGAACAACACUUGGACAAUGUCGAAUCAAGUUUCCUCCCGAGUGUUUCACCAAUUGGUAAACAUGGCAAGGCUGGUGCCGAUGAUACAUAUUUGUUUGAUGCGGGUCGGAAUGGUGAAGAGUCCCCUGCAAUGGAAGCACAAACUCCUAAGAAGAAGACAUUUGGAAUUAAUGAAAAUGGGGGCCAUGGUUCUCCGACACCCUCUUCACCUCCCACUCCAGAUGGUGCAUACAAAACUCCAGGCCCUGCCCCUCGAUAUUCUGUGCAAGGAGAACACGAUGAUUCGGAACAAAUUGGAAACACGACUUCUAACCUCGAAACUCUUUCGUCGUCCCCAACUGCCGCUGCCGCUGCAAGGACCAUAUCUCGAGCCAUGUCAAUGGCAAGCAUGGGAGAGAAUUUCGAAACAGCAGCACAAUCCACCUCUCAAUCACAGCAACAAUCAGAUGAGGAAGAGGAUAUGGAAGCCACACCCACAAGAUCGCGCCAAAAUUUACGUGCAUUUGUCCAAUCGGUGAAUGAUAGCUCAAGCCUACCCCAUGACUCACCGGCUAGGAGUACAAACAAACAUUUAACAGUCGAUGCCGGUACGACCCCAGGGGCCGCACUUUCAACACGCAAUACAACUAGACCCAAAUUUCUCACCAGUCGACAUUCAAACGAUCGAAGCGAUGUGACAGUUGGUGCAGAUUAUGCUUUGCAAUCCGGAGGCGCACUUCCUUCCGGGGGGUUAUCCAGAAGUGGAAGUAUGACUUUAUCUAGGACUAUAAGCUUGGGAAGUAUGGCAUCUGGUAUUGACGAAGGCGGAGAUUCAUUUGGAAGAGUGGAGGGACCAUUGGCGACACUAGCCGAAGAAGAUUCAACCCGUGGGAGGAGUGAAAAUCAGACGAAUUCUGCUCCAGAAACACCUCGUGCAUCUAGUCGACCCAUGGACCCACCUACUGAUACAAUCAUCGCACGCCACGUUCGCAAUGUCCAAGUGCCCGAAUCAAUGGCUAAAGACUUUCGUACGAAGCAUGGCGUACACACACCCAGCAAGUCGGCAAGCUUUGCAGCAUCCGCUCUGGGCCAAAGAACUGGUAAAAAUCUGACUUUGAAGGAACAGAGCAGCACGAUCGAAAGACUAUCUAAGGAGAAUUUUGACUUGAAAUUGAAAGUUAUGUUUCUCAGUGAUCGAUUAGACAAGCUUUCUGAGGAAGGUGUUAAGGAAAUGAUAUCUGAGAAUGUUGAGCUCAAGACAGGUCUAGCCGUCAUGCAAAGAGAUAACAAAGCUCUUCGUAAAAAGGUAAAAGACCUUGAGAAACAACUCAAAGAUGACGAAGACCGACCAUCCACAGCUCGAUCAGGUACAUCUACAGAAGGAAGUCAGAAGUGGUAUCAAGAAGGCGCUUUUGAACGGGAGGAGGAGCUUCUUUACUUACGAGAGAAGGUUGAAGAAUAUGUGACGGAAAUUGAGAGGUUAAGGAAUGAGAGUCUUGCUCGGGAAAACGAGAAGAGAAAUCUUACCGAUUUGGUUCGUACAAUGGGUGAAAGGCGAGGUCAAGAUAUUGAAACACGUGAAGAAAUGGAUGUCUGGAAAGAUCUCCUUGAGCAAGAAACUGCCCGCAGAGAGCAAAGCGAUGAUGAGAUAAAGGCUCUUCGGGAAGAGAUUUUCCGACUGAAAUCAGAGACGGCUACCGGAGGACAAGGAUUGGGUCACACGACCCAUAUUUACAACAUCACAAAGAGACGCGUCGGAUCACCUUCGAGAUCAAAUUCCAAUAUGUCUGAUCGCAUGACAGAUGAUAGGAAUGGUACAUAUAGCUCAGCAAGCACGUUAGCCGAGGAGAUUAAACGGGAUAAUGAACAACUUCGACAUGAAAAUGCAGAGCUAAGACGAGAAGUCGGAGCACAGACAUCAAUGCUGACUUCAAGAAACCGCGAAAAAGAACGGCUUUAUCAAGAAAUCGAGGAGUUAAAGCUUGGCCAAAGAAGAGGUGGUACAUCGGUGGCCGGCGAGAGCAUAUUUGAACGAUCAGCAUCACGAGCACACGAACGAUCCUCAUCCAGGACUAGUGCGGGUACAAGACAGACGAGUAUGAAUGAGGCUGAACGCGAAGAUUUCGAGAACAAGCAAGCCGAACUUCGAGACAGAAUUAACAGCCUCAAGAUACAUAAUCAGGACUUACAACGUGAACUCGAGUCUUGUAUGGAAGAUUUUGAGACUGCCGUGGAGCACAAGAAGGAAGCCGAAGGUCUAGCUCAAGAAUUACAAGAAGCCUUGGAUGUUGCCGAGAAUGAUCUACUCACCAUGCAAGCAGACCGAGAUGAAGCACUUCAGGGUCAAGAAGAAGCCGAGCUAAUGUUUGAAUCUUUACGUAAAGAAGCUCAAGAAGAACUUGAUGGCUUUGCUGCAGAACAAGAGGAAGCUAACGCUGAGAUUGAACGUCUUUCGGCCGAGGUCGCUGAUGAGAAAGAGAACUUCAAUGCGUUGCAGAAUGAGAUGAGAGAGAUGAGUGAUAUAGUUGUUAGACUGGAGGAUGAUCACGAAAGAAAAUCUAAAAAGAUUCAAGAUCUUGAAAGAGAAUUGGAUGAAGCCAAUAGAGAACUUGAGGAAAUCGAGAAGAAUUAUGUCGAAUCUAACGAAAAGGUGAAUCGAUUGAAUGUGCAGCAAGAAUCGAGUCAAAAUGAAAUUGCAUUCCUUCGAGAAGAACAGGAUGGAGAUAAGAUCAAGAUUGGGGAUCUUGAGGCCGCUAUUCGGAACUUGGAGAAUGCUCUUCAUGAAGAGCAAGAACGUUCUAGAGAACUUGAUGAACGUCUUCAUGAGGAAAGACAUCAAAGAGAAAUUGUUGCUAGUCAAGAAAAGCAAGAAGUUCAACAAUUCGUCAAUGAUCUUAAUCGUGAAGCAACGACCGCCAAGGAUGAAGCUAGAAGAUUACGAAAGAAUCUUACUUCAAGAGAAGUGGAAGCUGCAGAGUGGAAACAGAGGCUUAUGGAACUUGAGAGUAAUCUCAGGGAAGCCCUUGGUGAUCUGAAUGGUACCAGGUCAAGUCUAUUGAAUUCCAUUGCAAAACUUCAACGUGAACUCGAAAAUACCAUUCGAGAUUUAGACUCCACCAAAGCUUCUCUCGCCGAAAAGGAACGUAUGAUCAAACAACGUGAUGACCUCUUGGAGUCUCACGCUCUUGAGUCCCGCAAACUGGCAGAUAUGCUAGACAAAGAACGACAAACCCAUCGUCUCACCAAAAAUCAAUACGAAACAUCUCAAAAGACAUCCUCUCACACAACUCGCACUCUCUCACAACAAGAAUCUCGUGUUCUAGAACUCGAAACUUCACGUCAACAAGAUAGGAGAAAGAUAGCACAGCUAGAAAACAAUUUCAAAGAACAACUUACGGAGAGAAAUAACUUGCUCCUAGGUCUAUGGGGUAGACUUUCAAGUCUUUGUGGUACAGAUUGGUCUCAUAAUAAUUCCCUCAUUAACGGUCGUGCACUUCCAUCUCUCGAGGCUGUUUCUACCAUGUUCCCAGGUUUCUCAAAGAACUUGUUAGCGGCAGUCAAAACAAUCGAAACAUUAGUUGGUGAUUUCAGAGGAAGAGUCAAGGAUCUAGAUAGGAGAUUGUGGAAAGAAUACUCGACCCUUGAAAAUCGAUUUGAGAUGCAGACGAAGAAAUUGGAUAGAUUGGAAACGAUGGCGAGGAGUGCAGUUCCAUUUAGUAGUAUGGAUAGUAGGGCGGAGGUGGUCAAGUUGAAGGACUUGAAUAGGUCUUUGAAAACGGAAAUAUCAAGUUUAAAGGCUGCCAAUGAAGUCAGAUCUGGCGCUUACGAAACUUCUACUUCGCCAUCACCAUCUAUUCCCACUGGACCUCGUCGUCGCAUCGAUAACUCUUUAUCCAGAUCCUCAACCAUGACACGUCACUCAUCUGCAGCUUCAAAUUCUCGAUCCCAAUCUCAGGCAAAUGGAGAGAUGAAUACACCAACGCGGUCAAACACGUUGACGCGAGUUGAAAGUAGUACAGGUGAAUCAAGAGAAGAGGAAUACAAACCUGAUUUGCGCUGGCAAGUUAGAUUACAGGAAUUGGAGUAUAAGUUGAAGGCGGAAAGAGAAGCGAGGAAAUUGGAUCGUACGAGUGCGGCGCAGAGAUUGAGGGAGAAGGACAGGGAGAAUAAGGAAUUGCAGGAGGAGAUGGAGAGGGGGAGGGUUAGAGGGGAUAGGGGAAAGUGA